AUGACAAUGCUGGAAAGCAUCCUUGGGUCUCCGUCUUCUUUGACGGCUGAAUGCCAGAAAGCCAGGGGAAAUGUUGACGUUUGAAAGGUUGCUGUCAUUGACACGCCAGGACUAUUUGACACUAAUUCCACCCAGGAGGAAGUAUUGAAGAAGAUCAAGAUGUGCAUUUCAUUGUCUGCCCCUGGUCCUCAUGCUUUCCUUGUGGUUCUUCAGCUUGGCAGGUUUACCCAGGAGGAGAAAGAAACCAUUAAGAUGAUUCAGACCACUUUUGGUGAAGAUGCUGACAAAUACACAAUGGUGUUGUUCACUCAUGGAGAAAGGCUGAGGAAGCAAACCAUAGAGGACUUUAUUUCAGAGUGUGCCGACCUGCAAACCAUCAUCCAGAAUUGUUACGGUCAAUACCAUGUCUUUAACAACGAAAUCGAAGACCCUGUACAAACCUAUGAACUCCUGGAUAAAAUUGACAAGAUGAUAAUGGCUAACGGUGAAGGAUACUACACCAAUGAAAUGUAUGAGAGCAGAGAGAGAGCCAUAGAGGAGGAGAAAGAGUGA